AUGACUGGAGACGGCAGAAUCACAAUCUCAAUAGACCGCGGGGGCACCUUCACGGACGUCCACGCCAUUGUUCCCGGUCACCCCGAUAUCAUCUUGAAGCUGCUCUCCGUCGACCCCGCACACUACCAAGAUGCGCCGACAGAAGGAGUCCGCCAGGUUCUGGAGAUGGUUACAGGGAAGCCGCACCCUCGAGGAAAGCCAUUGGAACUGGGACCCAUAGAGAGUCUGCGAAUGGGAACGACAGUUGCUACAAAUGCCCUACUCGAACGAAAAGGCGCUCGGUCUGCGCUGCUGACCACCAAGGGGUUUCGCGAUCUCCUGCGGAUAGGGGACCAAUCGCGUCCGAAUAUCUUUGACCUGACGAUGGCUCGGCCUGGUGUACUCCCCGAGGCGGUGGUGGAGAUUGAUGAGCGAAUCAUUCCAUGUCAUCCGCUCUCAGACAAGGACUGUUUCUCUGGUUCCCGGCUUGUGGAGGGCGUCACUGGUGAGAAAUUCCGCGUUGUCAAGGAAUUAGAUAUUGAGAAAGUGCGUCCGGAGCUCGAGAGCUUGAAGGAGAAAGGAUACCAGUCGCUGUCCGUUGCCUUGGUGCAUUCGUAUGCUUAUCCGGAGCACGAACGCCUUAUCGGAGAGAUGGCCGAGAGUAUGGGGUUUUCAGUUACUCUGUCUUCAAAGCUGCAGCCGAUGAUCAAGAUUGUGCCCCGAGGGAUGUCUGCAGCGGCGGAUGCGUAUCUGACUCCUGUAAUCAAGACCUACAUCGAUUCCAUAUCUUCCAGCUUCGCAGGCGGGCUUGCCAACCAGCAUACCUGUAGAUUCGAAUUCAUGCAGUCUGACGGUGGCUUGGUCGAUUUUCGGAAGUUUAGCGGCCUAAAGGCUAUCCUUUCUGGUCCUGCCGCAGGCGUUGUCGGGUUUGCGGCGACCAGUUGGGAUGCAGUCGAGAAGACGCCUGUGAUUGGAUUCGACAUGGGUGGUACAUCAACGGACGUUUCUCGCUUCGACGGCCACUUGGAGCACGUAUUUGGCUCCAAACUGGCUGGUGUUCAAAUCCAGUCACCGCAGCUGGAUAUUAACACGGUGGCUGCAGGCGGCGGCUCCAUUCUAAACUGGCGUAACGGUCUGUUCUACGUCGGACCGGAGUCAGCGUCGGCCCAUCCGGGUCCUGCAUGCUACCGGAAGGGAGGUCCUUUGACCGUCACUGAUGCAAACCUCUUCCUUGGACGUCUGCUACCGGAGUUCUUCCCACACAUCUUCGGGCCGAAUGAGAAUCAACCGCUUGAUAUCGAGGUUACUACCCGGCUAUUCAACGAAUUGACAGACAAGGUUAACGCCGAGCGGAAACAGAAGGGCGAGUCGCAAUACUCACCGGAGGAGGUUGCCCUUGGAUUCCUGAAGGUUGCCGAUGAGUCCAUGGCUCGGCCGAUUAGGAAUCUGACAGAGGCCCGGGGGUUUGAGACCGGUACACACCACCUCGCGUCCUUUGGUGGCGCUGGGGGUCAACAUGCCUGCCCCGUAGCCGCAUCGCUCGGAAUAUCUCGCAUUAUCAUCCACAAGUUCUCUUCGGUUCUUUCUGCAUAUGGCCUGGCAUUGGCCGAAGUCGUCAAAGAAUCUCAGGAACCGCUAUCCACACAGUACGAGUCUUCGAAGUCAGACCUUACCAAGAAGCUAGGCGAGAUGACGGAGGCUUCAGUUGCGGAUAUGAAAGAUCAAGGAUUCUCCCCGGACCAAGUCCGACACGAACGCUACUUGAACCUGCGAUAUGACGGCUCCGACACUAGCCUGAUGAUUUUGGAACCAGAAGAUAAUUCUGAUUUCCUUGAGUCCUUCCGAGAGCGCCAUCGCAGAGAGUUUGGGUUCAACUCUGACCGACCUGUUUUAGUGGACGACAUCCGUGUUCGUACAAUUGCUGCGUCAAAGGUGCGAGAUGAGAAGAGCCCUCUCGUACAACUGCGUGAGGCAUCACUGCACGACAUUACGACCUCUCCGGACCUUACCACGAAAACAUACUUUGACGGCCGAAAAGAGCGGUUAGAUACUCCGGUGUAUCAACUGGACAAGAUUGAGAAGAGCUCUCGCAUCCAUGGCCCUGCGAUUAUCAUCGACAACACGCAGACCAUUGUGGUCGUGCCUGAUGCCGUGGCCAAUGUCCUAGAGACGUGUAUUGUCAUUGAUCUGAAAGAAACGAAAUCUUCCACAGAGGAAGCCGCAUCCUCUGGCAUAGAUACAAUCAAGCUCAGCAUCUUUGGGCACCGCUUUAUGUCGAUCGCAGAACAGAUGGGUCGGACGCUGCAGAAGACGUCGGUUUCUACUAAUAUUAAAGAACGCCUUGACUUCUCCUGCGCCUUAUUCUCACCGGACGGUGGCCUUGUGGCCAAUGCACCGCAUGUUCCGGUCCACCUUGGUUCCAUGCAGUUCGCGGUCCGAUAUCAGCACCAGAAAUGGCUAGGAAAUCUGAAAGACGGCGAUGUUUUGGUUGCAAACCAUCCUAGCUGUGGCGGCACUCACCUGCCUGAUAUCACGGUAAUUACACCGGUAUUCGACAAACCAGGUGGCAGCGAAAUCAAGUUCUACGUUGCAUCGAGAGGCCACCACGCCGACAUCGGUGGUAUUCUACCUGGAUCUAUGCCGCCAAAGUCUACCGAGCUGUGGCAAGAAGGUGCAGCGAUCGAAGGAGACAAGGUCGUCAGCAACGGUGUCUUUGACGAAGAACGAAUGAUCGAACUCCUGGUAAAGAAACCAGCAGAGCACCCAGGCUGCUCAGGGGCAAGAUGCAUCAGCGACAACAUGUCCGACCUCAAAGCCCAGAUCGCAGCUAAUACGCGUGGGAUCACCCUAAUCCAAGCCCUCUUCGCCGAAUAUGGCGUCGAGACCGUGCAGAAAUACAUGUACGCCAUUCAAGACACAGCCGAAACCGCUGUGCGCAACCUCCUAAAGGACCUGUACCACCGAUUCGAAGGAAAGCCCUUACAAGCGGUAGACUACAUGGACGACGGCACACCAAUCAAACUGAAAGUCACCAUAAACGGCGACGACGGGUCCGCAGUGUUCGACUUCGCCGGCACCGGUCCACAAGUAUACGGUGCCUGGAACGCGCCUAUCGCCAUCACCCAUUCCGCUAUCAUCUACUGCCUGCGAUGCAUGAUCAACGCCGACAUGCCACUGAACCAGGGCUGCCUAGCCCCGAUCGACAUCCAAGUACCACCCUCAUGCCUCCUCUCACCAACCAAGAACGCCGCCGUCGUCGGCGGCAACGUCGUAACCUCUCAGCGCGUAACAGACGUCGUCUUCAAAGCGUUCCGUGCCUGCGCCGCAUCCCAGGGCUGCUGCAACAACCUCACCUUCGGGACAAACGCAAAGCAAGACCCGCAAUCCGGCAAGGAGAUCCCGGGCUUCGGAUACUACGAGACGAUUGCAGGCGGGAGCGGCGCGGGGCCAACCUGGGCCGGGGAGUCUGGGAUCCACGUGCACAUGACGAACACGCGGAUCACGGACCCGGAGAUCCUAGAGAAGCGGUACCCGACGCUGCUACGGCAGUUUACGCUGCGGUCGGGGUCUGGUGGGAAGGGGAGGAAUGCGGGUGGUGAGGGAGUUGUGAGGGAGAUUGAGUUUCUGACGCCGAUGGAGUGUUCGAUUUUGUCGGAGCGACGGGUGCAUCGGCCGUAUGGGCUUGAGGGGGGCGAGGAUGCGGAGCCUGGGAUGAAUUUGUGGAUUACGAAGGAUUUGGAGACGGGGGAGGAUCAUACGGUGAAUAUUGGGGGGAAGAAUACGAUCUCUGUGGCUGCGCAUGAUCGGAUUGUUAUUAUGACUGCUGGUGGUGGCGGAUGGGGCAGUUAG